GCUAUAAUAGUACCUAGUUAAUGCUGAUAGAGUUACUAGUCUUGGGGCUUCAUUGCCAGUGGAGAUAAAUACAUGUUCAUUUGUGGAAAUAUAUGACUGAAGGACGUGAUAAAGACUCAUCACAAAGGGAAGUGGCACCAUUAUUGGCUUCACUUAAAAUUAGGGUAAAGGGAAAAAUUUCCUUACGUAAAAUUUUCUAUGCGAUAUCGUCUUAUCUGAUAAUUGUCAUCAGUCGUUUGGAGCCAUGGCAUCAAAUCAAAAUGAAGCAUCUCGAAUUUACGAAGUUGUCAGAGCUGUAAAAAGAAGCGAAUGGCCUCAAAUUGCAAAAAUAAAACUGGGGUUGAAGGAAGUUGAGAUCGAAGAAUGCGAAUGUAAUUAUCAAAUGCAAGGGAUGAUUGAACAGAGAUAUCAGAUGGUCCUGACAUGGCAAAGAAAAAAAGGGAGAAUCGCUACAGUCGACCUUCUCGAGCAACUUAUGGAAUAUCGGGAUGAAAGACCUCCACAAAGGGCUCAUCAGCCACAGGAAGUCCGACUAGCACAACAAGGUUCUUCAGUAGUAGGAGUUCCCUCCUGGGAUCCCCCUCCUCUGAGUUCUGAUGCACAUGGAAGUUCAAGAAAUUCAGGAGAUGCCCCUCCCCUGAGUUCUGAUGCACAAGGAAGUUCAAGAAAUGAACAAAGUGUGAAUGUGCCAUUAGGAAGUGCCCCGGUACCUAGAAAUUCUGCCUCGAAUGUUACGUCUGGUGACACUGACCGGAUGCCAUUGAAUGGAGACGUAUAUGAUGGAAGUUCUAACAGUGAUAAAAUAGGGCCAAAAGGAAGAUUUUCACAUAAGGCAGUGGCACCAUUAUUUUCCUCACUUAAAAUUAAUUUAAAAGGGAAAAAUGCAACAGGUAUUGAGAACAAUUUCUAUUCUGGAGUAGAUCCGAACUCUAUUCCUCCAUCUUUGUUCGGCGAUGUUACUAUUGAAGUAGAAGGCAAAAAUGCAACGAGUGUUAGAAAUAACUUCAACUUGAAGCAACCCAUAACUGAGAUAGGAAAAGAGAAAUCUCCUUUGCUAGAGGAACCACUUGAGUAUUGCUCAAGAGUAAAUGAAAAUUUUGAAGUCACAUUGUCAUCAAAAAAAGACUAUGAUCAACAGGCAAAUGAAAUUUACCAAAUCACUAAAGAAAAAGGGCGUCUUGCUGUAAUUAUUUCUUGCACAUUUUCUGAAACUGAUGAAGAAAGACAUGGGGCUGAGCGGGAUGCUGAAAAUCACAAAAUUUAUUUUGAAAAGAUUGGUUUCAAAGUCCUUGUACUCAAAGAAAAAACGUCAGAUGAACUUUUGAAAACUUUGAAAAAUAUUACACGAAUGUCGGACCCACUGUCUUGUCUUGUUAUUGUAGUUCUUUCACAUGGAAAUGAAAAGGAUGGGGAGGAUAUAUUUUUUUCUGGUGAUUGCAAAAGUAUAAAAGUCAGUGAAGUUCUAACUGUAUUUAACAAUCUGAACGCAAAAAUGCUACAAGGCGUUCCAAAAGUUUUUGUUUUUACAUUUUGCAGAGGAAAAAACAUUGAUUGGGGCGUCGAAAAAUUAGAUCGUUCAAUCAAAGAUUGCGUUUUUGGAAAGGAUAAUGAAUCAACUUCAACGCAAGGAGCUAGUAAAAGACCAGAGAAAAUUCCAACAAUAUCUGACACAAUUAUUCUUUAUGGCUCUCAACCUGGCUUUGUUGGACACCAGAAUGCUAUUAAUGGGAACUAUCAUAGCAAUGCAUUUAUCAAUGUUUUUAGGAUACAUGCUCAUGAUCGUGAUGUAGCUGAAAUGUCAGCAAUAAUUAAUAAUGCAAUGAAAAAAAAAACAGGGAAAGGAAAAAAAACAGACGGAGAAAAACAAAUGAGUGGAUUUACUUCAACCUUGUCAAAAAAACUUUUCUUAUUUCCCAGCAGCCAGUCACCUUCAAACAGGACUAUGGCACUUUAAAACAGGGGUUCUCAACCUUUUUCUUGUUAAGUACCCUGGAACAGCGAUACCCGAACCCUCAUUACUCAGACACCAAGCAAAGUUGUAAGAUAUGGCACUUUAGAAUAAGUUCAGCGACAUAUUCGGGCCUGAAGGUAUAAAAGAACGGUCUUGGACUAAGUAAGGACUGAAACUGGUGAAUAUCAAAAGCAGAUUUUCGCUGAGAAAUUUCUAUAAAUUAUUGUAAAUUGAAAUAGUCAAAUGAUAUAGUAGUGGAGUUAUAUACAGGGUGGUCGCUAGAAAAACAGAAAAUUUGCUGAACGGCAAUUUAUUUUUACAAAGAAUAACUUUAACUUAUUGAAGAACAUUACAUCCAAAUAACCUUCGGAGCUAUUAAUGAUGUCACAGUUAUACUAAUGUCAAGUGAUGGCCAAAAUUGAAUAGCCUAAUUGGGUAUUUCAUAAACCAUCAGCUGUUAAAUCCUCACGAUGUCCUAUUUUUAAAUCAAACUUACAAAUUAUUCAUGAAAUCCUAUAUUUACAUUUAGGAAUUGUGUUAUUCAUUUUUAAUAUCUUUCACUAGAGCCAUAGUCGAAUUAGGAAUGAAAAGUUCAUCCAUUGUUUCAGCAUAAAAUGCACUUAAAUUUGUGCCUUGUUCUUAUAAGCCUACUUUCACUAGAGCCGUAGGCACGAGGUAUGAAAAGUUCAUUGGUUGUUUGGGUGCCCUCUGGUGGAUAAUUUUUUGAUACAUCCUCAGCAUGAAAUGCAUUUAAUUUUGAUGCCUUAUUCUUACAUGCUUUCGCCAGCUGGGUUACCAGUUUGUUGCUUGAAUAUACUUUCAACAAAUUUUCUAUAAUAAGAAAGUGAAAUAAUUAUGAGACCUAAUUUCCCUACAGGUAGUGAGUUUUGCUUAUAUUCAUCUAUACUAAAAUACACAACUCAUAUUUAUCUUUUAUAUUUUCACUUUUAAACGCAAUGUUACGUUUGACAAUUACUUUUAUGUGUUGACUUGUCACAAUGAAAUUGUGAUAAUGAUAAACCAAAAAUUAUUCUACAGCAAAACUGUUUACUCCUUUUUAUAUAUUUCCACUGAAAAAGCUUAUUUUAUAACACCAAAAUAUAAUUUUGAAUUACCAAAACCGUUUCUGUGAUUUAAAAUUACUGUUGUGCUAGUUUUAUAGUGUGUGCAUCAAUAUGUAUCACAAUAAUGCUAAAUAAUAUUACUAAAACUAACCCACUUUUCCAUUUUAUUUUCUCCUCGGUUAGGAAACUUCAUUCUACGUUAUUUUACUUACUUGUAUCAUUUUUUUAACGAAUUGAAAUCGUUUUCCAUUUCAAAUGAAAUCUGAUUACUUAUAGAAAACAUGUAAAAUAUGCAAUACCUAUGUCUCCACUUUCAAUUUAUUUUACUACUAUCUAUGCUAUUGAAAUUGCUGUUGUUUUAACUCUAUUCACUAUUUUUGGAUUGAAUUGUUCCACCUGUUUUAUUCUUCAAUUAGGAAUAUAUUUUAGUGCUUUUCAUAUUGGGGUAGCUUUUAAUUUUAUGUUUCAUUGCAAUUCUUUAAUAUCAUAGCGAAGAAUGUCCAAUUGGUUGGCGAUAACCUAUGACCAACAUGCGUUUAUUGACAUCACCUUUAUGCAUUAUGAUGUAACAUUUUUAAUACCCGGUAAUAUGCCAUUGAAUGACUGGGUUCUGAAUCAUAAACUGAUGGCUAAUCUGGCAAUUUAUCUCUGCGUUUCGUAUAGUUAUUCAUCAUUAACAUUAUAUUGGUAUUCUUUGUAGUCAUAGUUGAUAAUUUUGAUGAUUAUUUCGAUGGUUAUUUAUCAAAACUUGCUAUGCAAGAGUAAGAUAUUUUUUCUGUACAGCAGCGCCAUUAUGUGGGAAGGGAUUUACUCACAUUUCCUGUUAUAUUUUCAAUGCAUUCUAUUCAAUACAAUUUAUGAAAUUGCUUAUGAGCUUGAGGAAAUAAGUCGCUAAUGACAUUGAUAUACAAUGAGUUUCGUUUUACUUUUUAUUUACGCCGUUUAGUGUCGAACCAAUGAAUAACUUAGGGCUUUAUCGAGCAUCAGAUGAAGGUGCCAAUUCAACUGACACCCUGGUUAUAUGCUGUAAUAAAUAUUUUUUCUGGGUUUACUCCGAACAUUACGUGUUAUCGGUGCUUUUUGUUGAUUUCUUUAAUAAUACUGAACAUAAUUAGGAAAUUUUAGGUAUUUAUGUUUUAGUAUCAAAUGAAUAUAAUGUAAUGAAUAUUAGUAGACCCUUGAAUCACUCUAUUAAGUGAUGUCACAAAAAAAGAUAAGUCCUUUUGGUUACAAAGUGCCCUUUUUUCUUUUUACUCCUUCCAUUUAGCAGCCUAUUGUCCUUGUUUAGUUGUAGUCAAGAAAUUGCGGAAAAAGCAUUUGAAAAUAUGUAUGA